CCCGAAUGAAAUUAGGUCCCAUCUCCCAUCUCUGUGCCAUUGCCUUGCUGGCCCUGACCCCCCUUUCUCGCCUUGGUUGCCUUGUUCGUCUUCUCUCUUGCUUGCUACUGCCUUCUCUCUCCCUCUCUUGUGCCCAGGAGGAGUGAAGGAGGCGAGAUACAGAGAGAUUCCUGCCUGAUCUGUUCGUCGAUCGACCCCGCCUGCGAGAUUUGACGGGGGAGACGGCCGAAAAGCGCAUCUUUUUUUAGUCCUCCCGGAUCAGACAGCUUCUCGGUUGCUUCUUCUGGAUCCCGGAGAGAGAAAGCGAGAGAGAGGAGCCCACCCGGUUCCGCCAAAACCCAAUCCUCCGAGUGCUCGAGAUCGGCCGGUUUCCAGAUCCAACGCCGCCCCUCUCCGUUCGCGAGAUCGCAGGAGGCUAGCCAUCACCCAAGAAAAGAUUUUCGCGAGGGGGCGAUAAGAGGGGAGGUUACUGGACAGAUAUGAUGGCUUUUGUCGGGGAGCGAGCGGUUAGGCGGUGGUGGAGAUGAGGGAUGCUCUCGGCUGCGAUGGAUUACCUGAGAUCGUGCUGGGGCCCCGCGUCGUCGCCGGACGGGCGCCCCCGCAAGGGGGUGGAUGCGGCCGGCCGGCAGGAGGGGCUGCUGUGGUACAAGGACGCGGGGCAGCUCGUCGCCGGCGAGUUCUCCAUGGCCGUCGUCCAGGCCAAUAACCUGCUGGAGGACCACAGCCAGGUGGAAUCCGGCCCGCUCACGACCAACGAUUCUGACCUGCAGGGGACCUUCGUCGGCGUCUAUGAUGGGCAUGGUGGCCCGGAGACGGCGCGCUACAUCAAUGACCACAUGUUCAACCAUCUCAAGGAAUUUGCAUCUGAGCAAAAGUGCAUGUCAGUGGAAGUGAUUCGGAAGGCUUUCCGAGCAACUGAAGAUGGAUUUCUCUCUCUAGUUAGUAGUCAAUGGUCUAUGAGGCCUCAAUUAGCGGCUGUAGGAUCUUGCUGUCUAGUUGGUGUGAUUUGCGCUGGAACUCUCUAUAUUGCAAACGUCGGGGACUCCCGUGCUAUUCUUGGGAGACUUGUCAAGGGAACUGGAGAGGUUAUUGCAAUGCAGCUCUCAGCGGAACAUAAUGCAUCAUUUGAGGAGGUUAGGCGGGAGAUGCAGGCAAUGCAUCCUGAUGAUCCCCACAUUGUCGUCUUGAAGCACAAUGUAUGGCGUGUGAAGGGUAUUAUACAGAUAACAAGGUCCAUUGGAGAUGUAUAUCUGAAGAGACCCGAGUUCAACAGAGAACCUUUGCAUAGCAAGUUUCGUCUUCCAGAAACUUUUCGGAGACCACUUCUUAGUUCUGAUCCAGCAAUUACUGUACACCCAAUACAGUUAACUGAUCAGUUCAUCAUUUUUGCAUCGGAUGGACUCUGGGAGCAUCUUAGUAAUCAGAAAGCGGUUGAACUAGUCCACAGUAGUCCUCGCAAUGGGAUUGCUCGGAAGCUAGUGAAGACUGCAAUGCAGGAAGCAGCAAAGAAGAGGGAGAUGCGGUAUUCGGAUCUCAAGAAAAUUGACCGCGGGGUAAGGCGCCACUUCCACGAUGAUAUAACCGUCGUCGUGGUAUUUUUCGAUUCGAAUUCGAUAGCCAUGGACAACUGGAGCAGACCCACGGUGUCCCUCCGAGGUGGCGGCGUUGCCCUACCUGCGAAUUCCCUUGCUCCAUUAUCAGUUCCUAGCUCUUUCUGAGACUUACUUGAGUAUGAAGACACGGAGACAAAAAGGAAGAGCAGCAGCCACGAUAAACUGUAGCGUGUUUCCUCUGCAUUCUCGCAAAAAAAGAAACUUUUAGAUUCAAACGUGGUUACUAGUGUACUGAUAGCAAGGUAUAAGAUUAGAUUAUUCUUAGUGUACAUUCUCGGAAUCGUCUUGUGAUAAUAGUUCAUGGCAUCACCACUUGAUCUUGUUCAGAUCCGUUACAAAGUGCUGUUUCUUUUUGCCA